ACACCUAAGGUCCUGCUGCGAUUUGACAUUGCUUGCUUGUGUUAGUGAAGCGGUUAGCAUGGUAGGUAGUUGUGUCUGUGUUUGUAAGAGCAGGUGAAUGAGUUUGAGCUGCCGGUGGGUUAAGUGAAGUGGGUUGGAGAGGUGGUCAGGAGGAGGGCGGAUGUGGGAGAAUGGCUCUGAUGCUGGGCUUGCUCUCAGCGGCUUCUGCUCCCCUGCGCUUUGGACUGAGAAGGACUUUACAACGCUCUUCAUUCACUGCUGCUCUUGGAAAACUUUCACCAACCCUAUUAAACGGCCAAACUAACAGGAAUCUGACACUGAAUGGCCUGAAGCCGCUGUGGACUGUAAAUAAUCCCUGGUCUACAUCUAUACUUUACUCAGUAGAUUCUUCUAAAGAUGGACAACCAGGUGGACCAGAACGUCAGUCGAGUGGAGGAGGAGAAGGAGGAGGAAAGAAAGGAGGGAAGAGAGACUGGAAAAGCCGUUUACUACAGGGUGAUAUUCCAUGGGAUGAUAAUGAUUUCCGCUACAUGGCGGUCACAGUGGCAGGCGUUGCAUCUGCUCUUCUCUACUUGUACCUCCGUGAUCCAAGCAAUGAGAUUACUUGGAAAGACUUUGUCCAUCGCUACCUGGCCAGAGGACUCGUUGAUAGAUUGGAGGUCAUUAACAAGCAAUUUGUCAGGGUCCUCCUAGUCCCAGGAGCUGAUACUUCAGAUGGAGGCUACGUAUGGUUCAACAUUGGCAGUGUAGACACAUUUGAGAGAAAUCUAGAGGCAGCUCACUAUGAGUUGGGACUGGAGCCAUCGAACAGAGUGGCGGUAGUGUACCGCUCAAAGAGUGAUGGGUCUUUCAUUAAGAGCAUCAUUCCUACUUUGCUGCUGAUUGGUUUUCUGCUCUUCACCCUACGACGAGCAUCAAUGGGUGGGCCCGGAGGUGGAGGAAAGGGGCGUGGACUUUUCGGCAUGAGUGAAUCCCCUGCCAAGAUGAUGAAGGACAGCAUAGACGUGAAGUUUAAAGAUGUAGCCGGGUGUGAGGAGGCAAAGCUGGAGAUCCUAGAAUUCGUCAACUUUCUGAAGAACCCUCAACAGUACCAGGACCUGGGAGCUAAGAUCCCAAAGGGAGCUGUGCUGUCAGGACCUCCAGGAACAGGCAAGACUCUGCUGGCCAAAGCCACUGCUGGAGAGGCCAAUGUCCCCUUUAUUACCGUCAACGGAUCAGAAUUCCUUGAGAUGUUUGUGGGAGUCGGUCCAGCCAGAGUGAGAGACAUGUUCACUAUGGCAAGGAAGAAUGCUCCAUGCAUCCUUUUCAUAGAUGAGAUUGAUGCGGUCGGCAGGAAGAGAGGUGGAGGAAACUUUGGUGGUCAGAGUGAGCAGGAGAACACCCUCAACCAGCUGCUUGUGGAAAUGGACGGUUUCAACAGCAGUACAAAUGUUGUGGUCUUGGCUGGCACAAACCGACCUGACAUCCUGGAUCCUGCUCUGAUGAGGCCUGGUAGAUUUGACCGGCAGAUUUACAUAGGUCCUCCUGAUAUAAAGGGUAGAGCCUCUAUCUUUAAGGUUCACCUGAGGCCCCUCAAACUGGACCCAAAUCUAGACUCAAAUGCCCUUGCUAGGAAAAUGGCUGCUUCCACCCCUGGUUUCACAGGAGCUGACAUUGCGAACGUGUGUAAUGAAGCCGCCCUAAUUGCUGCCAGAUAUCUCAGUGAAGCUGUCAAUACCAAACACUUUGAACAGGCCAUUGACCGAGUGAUCGGAGGUCUCGAAAAAAAGACACAAGUCUUGCAGCCCAAUGAGAAGAAGACGGUGGCGUAUCAUGAGGCCGGACAUGCUAUAGUCGGCUGGUUCCUCGAGCACGCUGACCCACUACUCAAGGUUUCUAUUAUUCCACGUGGGAAAGGUCUGGGCUAUGCUCAGUACCUCCCUAAAGAGCAGUACCUGUACACGCGGGAGCAGCUGUUUGACAGGAUGUGCAUGAUGCUGGGUGGUCGCGUGGCUGAGAUGGUUUUCUUUGGCAGGAUUACCACUGGCGCUCAGGAUGACCUGAAGAAAGUCACGCAAUCAGCCUACGCUCAGAUCGUGCAGUUUGGGAUGAGCGAAAAGGUAGGCCAGGUGUCGUUUGAUAUGCCAAGGCAGGGCGACAUGGUGUUAGAGAAGCCCUACAGCGAGGCCACGGCGGAGCUCAUCGAUCAGGAGGUCAGAGAACUGGUGGACAACGCUUACCAAAGAACUCUGAGGCUCAUCACUGAGAAACGUGACCUGGUUGAAAAGGUGGGAAAACGUCUCCUGGAAAAAGAGGUGCUGGCCAAAGCUGACAUGGUGGAGCUGCUCGGUCCCAGGCCAUUUGAGGAGAAAUCUACCUAUGAGGAGUUUGUAGAUGGCACAGGCAGCUUUGAGGAGGACACGAGCCUACCGGAGGGGCUGAAGGACUGGAACAAGGAAAAGAACCUGGACGAGGUGGAAACCUACCAAAAGAAACAGGCAGCUUAAAACCCUUUUGGUCUACUCUCGUAUCAGAUACUCAGUCUGAGAUGGAUUUUCCGUAUUGACGAGAGGUCGUGACCUUGUGUUGUGACAUGGCUGCAUUUUACAUCUGUCCAAUGUUAAUAAGAGGCUCAUAAUCAGAUUUGAACUGCCUUAAUCAUCAGCAGUGGAGAAUCUUGUACUGAAGUCUUUACACCAUUUCAUUUUUAAAAAUUAUUGGAUACAAGACCUCAGUUGGUGUACUGAUUUUUAUUUGUAUUUUUUUAAAUUUUAUUUAAAUCCUCUUUAUGAAAGGGCAAGAGAAGAGACGAUGCUGUAUAUUUGUAUAAUUUGCAGACUGGUCUGAAAAACUUGUUUUAACAAACCUGUAUAUUGUACUUAUUUAAUUGAACAGACUUAUUCAGCUUCAACAGCAACACAUCUGUUCAAGUUAAUACUUCAUGGUCAAUGAUGAUUUAUUCUGGAUGUCUUGAUUUUUCAUUAAAAUGGUUCAUGUACACCUCUUUAAAAUGGUUUCCCCCCCAAAAAAAGAUUGUCAAAUUCUGAAAUGUAAGCAAUAUGUAUUAAUGUAUUUAUAUGCCACAUUCUUGACGAUUUUCAACAACUAUAAAAGGUACAUAUUUUUGCUCA